AUGCUUGUGGAGCGUAGGCCUGGUCCUAGUAAUUCCGGUUAUGGUUCCGGUUCCGGUCCACUUUAUGAAAAUUUCAGAAGGACGGAAAGUGCCUCAAAUGUUGUCAGAUCAGUACCAAAGCAUUCAAAGCGUUCUCGAUCUGCUAUUUUAUCUUCAAGACCAAAAUUAAUUCGAAAUAGUGAAGACUUUUCUAUCGCUUUUAAUAAUAUGCAUAAAGAUAUUAUUCGGACAAAAGCGCCAAUUGAUAUGAGGCCUCUGUCUAUUCCGCCACCUGAAAUUAAGCGUAAUAGCCGAGCAGAAUCAUACUGUUACGCAGUUCUUGGAAUCGCAACAAUAAUCGUUUUUGGUAUUGCAUUUACAAUUUGGCUCACUUAUGAUUCUCUCGAAAAAUUUGUUUCUGAUUUUUUUAAUUAG